AGGAAAUAAAAAUUUUGUUUAGGGUUUCUCUCCCAAUGGUCAAACAUUUUGGCUGCCUAUAUAAGAUCCAAAUUUUCUAUCAAACUUGAUUGGGUUCCUUGAGUUUGUUGUUGCAUAUCCAAGAUAUCAUGGACCAGAGGUAUCAAUUACCUUUCAAGGCAGGGCAAUCAGCUGAAGCAAGGUCUUUCGAGGUUGGAUAUCGUGGUGCAUGGUUUCGGUGUAAGAUAAAGGAGAUAAGCUGCAGAGGAGGGCAUUGGAAGGCCUUAUUGGAAUACUUCGACUAUCCAGAUGAAAAAUUGACAUGGACAGAGCUAUAUCAAGUGCCCCCAUAUCAAAGUGGGAAGUCGAAGGAGAUAAGGCAACUGAUACUGCGCCCAGAGUAUCCUCCAACCCACCUUAAAAGCCAAGUGUCCGAUGUUAGCUCUACUUCUGAUGUAACUAUAGUUACUGAUGGUACUUGGAAGGCAGGCGAUUUAGUUGAUUGGUGGACUGCUGACUGUUAUUGGUCUGGAAAACUGACAAAGUUACUUGGCAAUGGUAAAGCUGAGAUUGAGUUGGUGCCACCUCCAUUGGGUGAAGGUGCAACUUACGAAGUCUUCGUCAAGGAUCUGCGCCCAUCGGUGGAUUGGUCUCCAGAAUUUGGUUGGGCUGUGCCUGCAUCCUUGGAUGGUGAAAAUCGUCGCCGAUAUGCUCGGCUACUUAAACCUGUUAGUCAAGCUCCUUUUGAUGUUCCAUCAAGUAUAGGACAUGCUAUGUGUAAGGGUAGAAGGGACAGCCAGGCUACAACUGGAUCGUCAUCAAACUCAUCUUUGUCUACUCGUUUAUCUGGUAACUCACUACCAAAUGAAAAGAGGGACCUCAAAACUACAGAGUUUGUACAACAUUCUUUAAGUGUUGAUGAUUCAACAGAGGCUGUAAACAGAACAAAAGACACAUUGAAUCAAACCACAUCAUAUUCGUCUUCCUCUACUCAUUCAUUUUCAAAAUCUCUACCAGCCUUAGAUGAAAAAAGGGGCUUUAAAUCCAAAGGGUUAAUGGAACAACCUCCGAAUGCUGCCGAUUCAAAAGAGGCCGCAACUACAUCAAAGCAAAGUAUUUGGUCUGGUAGUGACUCUGUUUCACCUAUUGGAGUUGCUGCAAAAAGUGCAGGGCCAACUGAUAAGGACCUAAAGUAUUUUCAUUGUCCUUUGAAGAAGUUUAAAACCAGUGGUGAAAUUCGACUAAAUUCGAUGGAGUCUGACUCAGUGGAAGCAGCAAUUUUGGAUUUGGAGGAACUUGCUAACAAGAUCAGUUGGCUGAAAAGAACUAUUGAAUGUGGAAGAUCUCUCUCUGAUGCUGUUCGACCUUCAUGGGAGUUUGUUGAACACAAUGGAACAUUUACAAAGAAAUGAUUGCUUGAUCCUUCUUGUCUAACUCUUAUGAUGUAUAGGUUAUUCCUCACUCCUAUUGACAUUUCAGAUGUUGUCCAGAUUUAGAUCUAUUUUAUUCAUGCUUAGAAUCUGUACAUUUCAAGA